CUAACUCCAUGGCCACCUCAUCUAUAUAUACCCCUUCACCAAUUUUGUGACACACCUCACAAAUUAUGGAUUCCUUACAAAACCAAUCCAUGAAGGAACCUCUUCUCCACUCCAAGACGCCGCCGCCAGCGGCGGAGACGGAAGCCAGCUCGGAGCUCGAACGAAUUCUAUCCGAUCCCACCCUACCCCCUUUGCGCCGCUAUCUAAAAGCCCUCGCAAUCGAGAUGACGUACCUUUUCCGGCUGGCCGGCCCCGCCGUCAUAGUCUAUUUGCUAAACAACAUUACUUCCGUGUCCGCUCAAAUAUUCUGCGGCCACCUUGGAAAUAUCGAACUCGCCGCCUCCUCCCUUGCCAACGGGGGCAUCCAGCUCCUCUCCUACGGCCUCAUGCUGGGAAUGGGGAGCGCGGUGGAGACGCUGUGCGGGCAGGCGUACGGGGCCCACCAGUACGGGAUGCUGGGUAUAUAUAUGCAGAGAUCGACGGUUUUACUGAUGCUGACGGGGAUUCCACUGACGGUGGUUUACGUGUUCUCGGAGCCGAUCCUGGUCUUCCUGGGGCAGUCGCCGCAGCUGGCCUCGGCGGCUGCGCUGUUCGUGUACGGGCUGAUCCCGCAGAUCUUCGCGUAUGCAGCCAACUUCGCGAUACAGAAGUUCCUGCAGGCGCAGAGCAUCGUGACCCCGAGCGCGUGCAUAUCGGCGGCGGCGCUGGUGUUGCAAGUCGUGCUGACGUGGGUGGCGCUUUUCGUGUUCGGGUGGGGCCUGCUGGGCGCGUCGCUGGUGCUGAGCUUCUCGUGGUGGGUGAUCGCGGGGGCGCAGUUCGUGUACAUCGUGAGGUCGGAGAGGUGCCGGAUGACGUGGACCGGGUUCAGCCCGGCCGCGUUCACCGGGCUGUGGGAUUUCUUUAAGCUGUCGGCCGCGUCGGCCGUCAUGCUCUGCCUUGAGACGUGGUAUUUUCAGGUGAUGGUGCUCAUCGCCGGCCUGCUUCCCGACCCCGAAAUCGCAUUGGACUCUCUGGCUAUUUGUUUGACGCUUAUGGGAUGGAUUUUCAUGGUGUCAGUAGGGUUCAACGCCGCAGUAAGUGUAAGGGUUAGCAAUGAACUCGGUGCCGGGCACCCAAGAUCCGCGGCUUUUAGCGUGGUGGUGGCGACCGGAACAUCACUACUGGUGGCGGUGGCAUUUGCCAUUGUCACUACUUCACUCCGCUACAAAAUCAGCUAUUUAUUCACCCCUGGCGAAGUUGUGUCCAACGCUGUCGCAGACCUUACGCCAGUCCUCGCUGGCGCCAUCAUACUCAAUGGAAUCCAGCCUGUUUUAACCGGGGUAGCUGUUGGGUGUGGAUGGCAAGCAUUUGUGGCAUAUGUGAAUGUGGGUUGUUUCUAUUUUGUGGGUAUCCCUGUGGGAGCAGUUCUUGGCUUCACUUUCAACCUUGGUACCAAGGGAAUAUGGUCAGGGAUGCUAGGAGGCAUGCUCAUACAGACAUUGAUUUUGAUUUGGGUGACUGUUCGUACCGAUUGGGAUAAGGAGGUGGAGAAAGCUAGCGAUCGAAUAGAUAAAUGGAAUACUACGAAGGAGAAAUUUUCAGUUGAAUGAUUGAUAUAUAUUCUGUGGAAUAUUGAAAUUGGCACGUCAAUUUGGGAUUUGGAUCCCCUGCUCGUCAAUUUGGGAUUUGGAUCUCCUGCUGUGGUUGAUGGUACUCCUGUGGUUGAUGGUACUCCUGCGGUUAGACUCGAUCAAUUAUUAUAUUAUUAAAUUUUAUUAUUAAAAUAUUAAUUUAUUUUAUUAUAAAAUAAUUAUUGUGUGUAUAUCUCUUGGCACAACAGGGGAUCCCUGCCCGUCAAUUUGUCCUGAGGAAAUAAUUUUUUAUGUUGUGUACCACAUGUUUCGAGUUGUAGACAUUAAAUUCUAUUUACUUAUUCAUGUGAGGUUUGAAUAAUAAAAUAAUAUUCCUUCUGUUCUA